AUGGCUUUAGGUGGAAGGAUUUGCCUGUUGGCCUGUAUUAUAGCAGCCGUAUGCGCCACAAAUAGCCGUGAGGCGCAGGGAGCUCCACGAGCAGUAACUUACGGCAGCGCCAUUGCCCUUGUUCACGAAGCAUCAGGACAUAAGCUGUACUCGGGCAAGAUUUCCUGGGGCUCGGGCUCUGUUGGUCAAGCAGUGACUGCCCAGCCAGCAACGGAUGCAACCGCGUCCCUCUGGUCGGUGCGCGCUGCAGCCCUUCCUGCUCCCUCCCCGUUGGACCCCCAGCAGCCAGCUGGCUCUCCUCCUCCCACAGUCGGCGCCGGAGUUCCUGUGCGCUGCGGCAGCUCUGUUGUUCUCGAACACGUAGGCAGCCAGGCCCUCUUGAGGACUGGACCUGCAGAGGCCCCUCUCUCACCGAACCACGAGGUCGGCGCGGCCUUAGUUCCUGAGGGCAGGGACUCUCGGUUUGUCGUCGAAUGCACGGGUGACGGAGACGUGUGGCGAGUGGGCCACCCUGUGAAACUGCGAAACAUGCUCCUAGGCGCCAACCUUCAGGCCUCCCAGCAGCACGCCUUCAGCUACAGCAACUGCGGGAGAGGCUGUCCUAUUGCGGGCCACCUCGAGGUCUCUGUUGUGCGGGGACGCCCCUCUUCUUGGUCUUGGCAGCAGCCAGCGGACUCGUGGACCGCCCAGCCGCAGCUUCUCUUCUUUGCCGAAGGAGAGACUGAAGAAAACGGCCUUCACGAUGAACUCUGA